AUGAAGAAACUCCUGGUGAGAUUCCUGCUGGGCCUGGCAUUCGUGGAGUUGGCCCAGUCCCUACGAUGUUACACGUGCAAGGAGCCCACAGAGAUUUCCAGGUGCAGGACAGCCAUCGUGUGUCCCCCGAAAGCCACCGUGUGCACCACGACACUGCACUCUGUGGACACAGGUUAUCCCUUUUUUGGCAACAUCACGGUGACCAGGGACUGUGAGGAGGAAUGUCUCUCUUAUGAUGGGAUAGGGGCAUCCAAGCCCAAAUCCUGCUGUUACACCGACCUGUGCACCGAUGACACCAAGAGCAGCAAUGGGGUGAGGAGCAGCUCCGCAGCGCUGGGCCUGGUGGCUCUGGUGGCUGGCACAGUUCUCCAGUGCUCCCUGUGA